AUGAAAUAUUUUGUUGUUCUUUUGGCAUUGGCAGCAGCAUUUGAGUAUGAUGAACAAUUGGCAAAUCAACUGACAGCAUUUUCCUUUGGUGCCUAUUGUGAAAUCAAUGACAUCAACAAUUGGAAUGUGGGAGCCAUAAGUCAAAAAUAUCCAAACCUGACCAAAGUCUAGGUGUUCGAAAACGUUGAAAUGAAAACAAGAGGAUACAUAGCAUACAAUUCUUAAACUUAGGCCAUUACGGUAGUAUUUAGAGGAUCGGACAACAUCAAGAAUUUCAUUGCAGAUAUUGAUACCAAGAAGACAAGUUUCAACACAGCUUGUAGAUGCCAAGUGCAUGAGGGCUUCUUGGCAGCAUACUCAUCACUCAAAAUCCAUUUGGAUGGGUUACUUGGUGAAUAUAGAGUGAAAUAUCCAUAUGCAAAAUUCCACGUAACAGGUCAUUCAUUAGGAGGUGCCAUGGCUACUCUAUUCGCUAGUGAAUUAUCUUUAACUGGAGUAAAGGUGACUCUCGUUACUGUUGGAGCUCCAAGAGUUGGUGAUUCUGAUUUUUAUGAUUGGUUUUCUAAAUUACCAGUGACACACACAAGAUUAACAAACAAGAAGGACAUAGCUCCACAUCUACCUCCUUUCAGAUUUGGAUUUGAGCAUGUGAACAAUGAGGUUUGGUACUUUGAUGGAUUAAAUUACAUUGUAUGUAAAGAAGUCAAAGGUGAGGAUCAAUAAUGUUCUGUGUCAGCAACACGAACAAAUUUGAAUGACCAUCAUGAAUAUUUGGGUUGGUCUGUUGAAGCUUGCAAUGCUGCAUAGGUGGAAUGAAUUACAAAUUGAUUUUUAUCAUGACAUCAUUACAAUUCUAAAAAUAUACAAA